AUGAUGAGCAUGUUUUUCAGUAGCUGGGAGUUUUAUACAGGGACUGUUGCUGAAGGGAGAAUUCUUCUGGUUUGGCAGCGACAAUAUGUUUCAGUUGAGGUCAGGAUGGAGAGUGAUCAAUUAGUUCAUGUUCUUGCUACUGAAGUGAGGACCAAUAAAAAGUUUUAUGUUACUUUUGUUUAUGGAAGGAACACUAUUGAGGAGAGGAGACAACUUUGGAAUGACUUAACUGGUUUAUUCGUUCCAAAUACUCCUUGGCUUGUGGCUGGGGAUUUUAAUGCCGUUUUUGAAGUCACUGACAGAGUUGGAGGCCGUGGUAUCACUGCUAUGGAGUUGGAGGAUGCGCAGAAUUGGAGAGCCUUAGGUUGGGUUGAUGAGAUGCGCACUAAUGGGUCUCACUUUACAUGGACAAACAAACAAGCUAAUGAGGAUAGAAUUUAUUCAAAAUUGGAUAGGGUGUUUAUAAAUGAAGAGUGGGGGGAUGUUUUUCCUCAUUCAGUAGCUGUGGUUAACUGGGAUUUAUUAUCUGACCAUUGUUAUUGUAUAAUCAAGUCUGAGGCUAUUGUUAAUCAAGGGGUUAGGCUGUUCAGAUUUUUCAACUUAUGGACUGAUCAUGACAAGUAUUCGGAGGUGGUGCUUCAGAACUGGAGAAAGCCGUGUAAAGGAGAGGGGCUAGGGAAAAUUAUUCAAAAACUGAGUAGACUUCAACGGGUCUUACGGCAGUUUAAUAGGUGUACCGUGGGUGAUGUUGGUCAAAAUUACACUAGUGCGAAGGAAAAUUUCCAAGAGGCUAAUUUGACUCUCCAAAGGAACCCGCACUCAACAGAAUUACAAAACAAGGAGAGGAUUGCAAGGGAGCUAUUUGCUAAGCAUACUAAAACUUAUGACAGCUUUCUUAGACAGAAAAGUAAGGUGACUUGGCUUCGCCAUGGUGAUGACAAUACUACCUAUUUUCAUGCGUGCUUAAAACAGCGAAGGGCCUCUAAUCGGAUCACUUCUUUUAUCAAUGAUGAGGGUCAGUUGGUUGAGAGAUUUGAGGAUGUGGUUGACCACUUUGUGAGCCAUUUUCAAAAGAUAAUGGGGAGUCCUAGUAAUGCUACAAUGCCCAUUCAGGAUUCUUGUUUUAGCUUGGGUCAUAGACUUACGGUAGACCAGUAG